AACUGAUAAGCAGAUGGAGGAAAAUUUCAAAAUUUCGAAAAAAUUUGUAGAAAUAUCCGAUUAAAUGGUGAAUUAUCGAUGAAAAAGCUGGAAAAUAUUCAAUAAGUGGUGACUCUUAUCGGUUACUUGAAAACUACAUCGAUCCUUCACCUGAUUUUCUACCUUCAUUUGUGUUGCUUGAAUCGGUUGCCAAUUUAUCAUCAAACGUCCUCAGUAUGUCAAUUGCUCUUCGUGCGAGGUUUGGCUGAAAUGAGCUGCCCAAAAGGCACCUAUAUCACAGGAGUCCUCAAAGGACUCCAGUCUGUGCUGACUGAAGCAGUCAAAUUACAGGAUAUGCAAUGUAAAGAAACCUGGAAUCAUUCUAUUAUAAGAAGCGCUGUCGAACAAACUUCUCAAACUGUGAACGAGAAAGUCAAAGAAUAUACUAAUUUGGAAACCGGUCAGUUGGAGAAAAAUGUCAGCGAGAUUCUGCAACGAUCUUCUAUGGUAUUCGAAGGAUUAAGCGCUGUUGCUAAAUAUGCUCAAGCAAGCCCUGCUGCAGAAAAAACAUCCGAAGAUGAUUUACAAAUCCCCAAAGAAUUCAUUUUGAACGUAGAAGUGCCAAAUAUUGAAUUCUCGUAUAAAUCGAUUCUGCAGCCUUUACAACACGAACACGUUGGCAUCAAAGAAGAAAUCCACAUUACUGAAAAACCACCGGUUCAAGUUCCCAUUGCUCAUAUAACCAAAUCAGAUACACCUGAAAUUUCAACAAUUAAUAUACCCAAUUUCGAACCAAUCAAAAUAACUGGAUUAGCUCAAAAUAUCACCUCGACGAAACCAGAACAAACUGAAAUACCAAUUCAAAGCGGUUCAAAAUCGAAACAAACUCAGGAAACUAAAACGAUACCAACUCCUAAGGCUUCUAAAGCAUCGAAGAAUUUACCAAAGUUGAGUGAUAAAGCUAAAGAAAGAGCAGUACCGGCGUCCAGAAUAGCUCGAGUUGUUUCUUUCGGCGGUCUAUUCGCAGGAUUAGGAAUAGGAACUGUAGCUGAGAUUACUCGAAGAACAUUAGGAAUGUCUGAAACGAAUUCAGUUGCGAAUACUUUAGAUAAAGUUUUUAUUACACCUGCGAACGCUGAACGAAUUGUCAACACUUUAUGUAAAGUGAGAGGAGCUGCUUUAAAAAUUGGUCAGAUUUUUAGUAUUCAAGAUAGCAACAUCAUCAGUCCUGAGUUUCAAAAACUCUUCGAAAGAGUACGACAAUCUGCUGAUUUUAUGCCCACUUGGCAAGUUGAAAACGUGAUGCGAAAAGAACUGGGCGAUGAUUGGAAAUCAAAAUUCGCUUCCUUUGAAGUAAAACCAUUUGCUGCCGCUUCUAUUGGGCAAGUACACGCUGGUACUUUACCAGAUGGCAGAGACGUCGCUAUUAAAAUUCAGUAUCCGGGAGUAGCUCAGGGCAUUGAAAGUGAUAUCGAUAAUUUAAUGUCAGUUCUCAAAGUUUGGAAUAUUUUCCCUCAAGGCAUGUUUAUCGAUAACUUAGUAGAUGUAGCUAAAAGAGAACUCGCUUGGGAAGUAGAUUACGAAAGAGAAGCCGAAUGUACUAAAAAAUUCAAACAAUUACUCGCCCCCUAUCCACAAUAUUACGUUCCCGAAGUCAUAGAUGAACUCUGCACUAAAGGAGUAUUUACCUCAGAACUCAUAGAAGGAAUACCAGUCGAUAAAUGCGUUGAUUUAGAUUAUAAUACUCGUUGUCAUAUUUCAAUGCUGAUUCAUCACCUAGUUCUGAAAGAAAUGUUCGAAUUCCGUUACAUGCAAACCGAUCCCAACUGGUCCAAUUUCUUUUACAACACCAACACCAAACAGCUCGUUUUACUCGAUUUCGGAGCAUCUCGAGAGUACAGCAAGAAAUUCAUGGAUCAGUAUCUUCGUGUAGCUAAAGCAGCUGUCGAUGGAGAUAGAGCUCUAGUGCUAAGUUAUUCUGAGAAAAUGGGAUUUUUGACUGGAUAUGAAUCUAAAAUAAUGCAAGAUGCUCACGUAGACGCUGUUAUGAUUUUGGGCGAGAUACUGCGUAAAGAAGGGUUCGAUUUCAGUAAACAGAACACUGUUCAUAGAAUACAAGCUCUUGUUCCUACCAUGAUUCAUCACAGAUUAUGUCCCCCUCCGGAAGAAGUUUACUCUUUGCAUCGUAAAUUAUCAGGUGCUUUUCUCUUAUACAGCAAACUGAAAUCAAAGCUUUCAUGCUAUGAUUUGUUCAUGGAAAUGUACAAUAACUAUAAAUUCGACGAGUGAAAAGAGAUCUGUUUGGGGAUUUUUAUGUGCAAUAAUUUCGUAGAGCUUUAAACAAAUAAUUUGUUAUGUAAAUGAAGAUGUAAACAGUGUAAAAAAUAAACAAAUAAAUCAA